UUCUCUCUCUUUGCAAUACAGCACCGCCUUAAUUUUCUAUGUUUCUAAAGUCUGAAACAAUUGAUUUUGGAGAAGAUGAUUUUCAAUAAUUUGUUUAAGGUUUCAGUUUUAUUUGCUUAAGCAUGCUAGAACAAAACGAUAUCAAUAUUGACACAAAUCAAAACUAACCAAAAUCAUAACCAACCAAAAUCUCCACCGGAGACACAAAUUGAAUCGUUAUCGGUGUUCGACGAGGUCGUCACCACAGUAAGCGAGGCUUCACUGAGCAAGAACAACUUCAGUGGAUCAGAGUGGAUAGUCCCUAACUAGCCUCAGUUAGCAACCAACAAGGUAGUUGGCUGUCUCCACCGCCUCGCUUUAAUUAUAACGGGUAAAGGUAAAACAAUGGAGGAAAUGGGUUUCAGCAGCGUUCUCUCUCUUUGUUCUUUGAGGCUUUGACGAUUUCUCUCUCUUUUUAUUCAUCAGUUUUUUUUUUCUCUCUCCCGUAAUAUUUAUGUGAUGGCAAGUUUUGGUUGGAUGUGCCUAAAUGUCCAGUGUUGGGUCUGUUCCCAAGUAAGAGUUUCUCGAGAGUUUCUCGAUCUGUCGCAUGACAUGGCACUUAUUCACCAUUGGAUAUGCAUUCAACAUGGGCUUAAGCAAAUUUGGACGAGGAAUCUAUUUGUUCAUGACGAGACAAAUUUUGUUUUUUUAGGUGGCUAUGUAAGAAUUUGCCUAUAAAAUGUUCAUUGUUCAUCAUCAUCGUUAAAUCACCAUCGUGUGUAUCCACCAUCAUUACCCAACUUCAUCAUUCAAAUCCAAACCCUAAACCCCCAAAUCGUUCGUGUCUCGUGUCUCUCUGCAUUAUCGAUUGUUUGCAAUUCGCGAAACCCUCUUUGGUUUUUCCAUUCAAUCGCUUUCCAAUUUCUUUCAAACAUGGAUGCCCAAGCCAAGAAAAAAGCAAUGUUCCGUGCCAAAUUGAAUGCCCAGAAGAAGGAAAAACGCAUAGAAUCUCCACUUGUUAGGUAUAAUGAAUUUGAUCAGCCUGUUUGUCGGGUUUGUGAAGUUGUUCUGAAGUCGGAGUCCCUAUGGGAUGCACACCAAGUUUCUCGUAAGCAUCGUGAGGCAAUAAGUAAUCUUAAAGCUAAUGCGGCUGGGUUAACUAAGCAAAACAACGCAAAGCCUGAUAUUCCCAAGGCUAAACCUGAACAGUCUUCAAGCUCACAGUUCAAAAUUCCCCAAAGUCCACAAGAAGUACCUAAACCUCAGUCAUCAUCAGUUCUUCCGCCAGAUUUUUUUGACAACAAUGAUGCACAAAAGACAAGAUAUGAAAAGGAGUCGGACUCAGAUUUAGGUGGAAACGUGGGGCCUUCUGCUCAAAGUUUGGCGUCAAACUCGAAGGAGAAAGACCAUUUCAAUGGAAAUAAUACUACACAGUCUAAGGUUAAUCAAGCAACAAUGGAGGCUAAGAAGACAUCAGUCAAGACUAUAGAUGCAGAGACCAAACAAGGAAAAAGAGCUCUGCCUGAAGGGUUUUUUGAUAAUAAAGAAGCUGAUUUGCGGGCACGUGGCAUUAAGCUAGUUAAGCCAGAUGUCAAAGACGAAUCCCCAGCAGUUCGUGUUUACACCGUCUGCGAUGAAUCAAGAUAUUUGAUUGUUAGGAAUGUUCCAGCAUUAGGUUGUGGCAAUGAUUUGCUCCAACUUUUUUCAACCUAUGGAGAAGUAGAGGAGUGUAAGCCAAUGGAUGCAGAAGACUGUGAGCAAUUCACUGAUGUUUAUUGGAUCAAAUUUCGACUUUUCAGCAAUGCCAGGUUUGCAAAAAGGAAAUUGGAUGAGUUUGUUUUCCUUGGAAACCGACUGCAGGUUUCGUAUGCUCCCCAUUUUGAGAGUUUGUCUGAUACAAAGGAUAAAUUGGAGGGAAGAAGAAGCGAGAUUUUAGCUCGGUUAAACCCUAGAAGAUCCAAAGAGACUAUAGCUUCAAACUCUAGGCCCCUGAUUAACUCAAACAUCAGUUGCAUAUCAGAACAUUUAGAGCCUAAUCAAAGGAAUGCGGAACUUGAAGGAAGAUCGAACAACGGUAAUCUUUCAAAAAGAACGGUUUCAUCUAAUGAGGAUUAUUUUUCCUCCCCUUCCAUGAACCAAACAGUGAGGAUUGUCAGGGACAAACUUGAUAAGAUUCAAUCCAGUGGUGAGCAUCUACAAGCUGGAUCAACAUCAAAAAAAGCACGAGUUGAUAAUAGGAGGAGGAUUUGAUGUGUAAACUUAGAAAGUUUUAUGUAAUUGUGAAUCUUUGAUGUUCUCUGGGUUGUGUUUGAGAGGUUGUUGGAGGGAAAGAAGAGAAGGGGGAGGCUUAUGGCUCUUCCUCGUUUGGGAGUUUUAUAGAAAACUUGAUAGACAUUGGGGAAAUUUUUAAAAACUCCCCAGACAUUCUUUAUAUGAAUUUUUUGAGUUCCUCUAAAUUGAGGGAUUCAAAAGAAAAAUUAAUUAAUUUACUCAUUUAGCUUUUGCAAAUUUGAAAAAUUACACUACUAAUAUCGCAACCGUACAUUUGUUUUUUUUUUU